AUGGAGAUCUACGCGCCCAAACUACACCUCAUCGAAGUUCAGAGCGAGAAACGAAGAAUAAAUGUCGCUGGCUCAUCGCAACCUGGCCGGUAUCGCUUGGAUCUAGCAUGGGAAGAUGAUGAUCCAGGCAGCCUCAUCGCGGUUCACCUGCGUGACGAUGACGGGGGAUUCGCAGUAGUAACGACCCCUGUCCGACCAAGUCGUCAUUGUAAUGUCCAUGGAUGGGACUCAGUAGCCGUCAAGAUCGUAGGGCAGAGUCCGACAGGCAAGCUGAGGUUUUGCGCUUACCGCUUGUUGGCAACCCAGACUCAAGGUCGAGAUACUCUGCUUGUGCUAUCUCAGCCUCCCUCGUCCGAUUUUAUGGCUCUUCUACCUGAUUCUACUGCCCUAGGCAGUGUCGCAAUGGCCGGGACACAUGAGACCUUGGCAUUUUUUGGAGGGCCCAUUUCGCAAUGCCAACAGCCUGCUACUGGUCUUUACGAACAGCUUGAGUCUGGUAUACGGUUCAUCGACGUACGACUAAAAGUUGUCGGGACCCAGCUCAUCGCGUAUCAUGGUCCCCAAUCUCAGCGCCUCGAUUUCCCAACUAUCCUCUCAACGAUUCAUCGCUUCUUACAGUCUCACUCUGGAGAGACGUUGAUCAUGUCUAUCAAAGAAGAAAUCCCACCGUUUCAUCCUAGAUUUUCAGCAUUGGUCGAGCGUGACUUGACUGUCUUCAACGAUGACUGGUUCUUGGAGAAUCGCGUGCCUACUCUGGGCGAAAUCAGAGGCAAAGCAAUCCUGCUCUCUCGCUUUGAGCGCGUGGAAGAGAAAGAAUGGCUCAACGGCCUAGGGAUGCAUCCUGCAUCCUGGCCCGAUUCGAAGCCUUACGUCUUCGAAUGGGAUUGUUCUGGCACACGGGUGCGAGUCCAGGACUGGUAUCGGGUAGGAUCAUUCAUCCAGAUACCUGAAAAGUAUCGCAUUGUCGUAGAGUCACUGGAUCCGAGCCUCGAUGCGCAGCUUAAGGAUCCUUCAUUCACCCUCUCGUUCGCGUCUGCUUCGAAUUUUCCUCUGGCUCUGCCCACGACUAUGGCGAAGGGAUUCGGAUGGCCAAGCUGGGGCGUUGGAGUGCGCGGCAUAAACUCACGCCUCUCUUAUUGGCUCCUGGAGCGUAUAUGUGCGGGUCAAAAGGUCAAAGCUUGCAUUCUGUUUGACUUUUAUCGUCAGACGGGAGAGUCAGACGCUGACCUCGCAUCUAUUAUGACUGCCAUGAAUUUCAUUUAG